AUGGAAGUGUUUGAACAUGAACACCCAUUGAGUCUCAUCGAUCUGGAGCUCGAAUAUUCCAAAAUUCAAGAAGAUUAUGAAGAUGAGGAUGAAACAGAUGGUGAUAUGAUUGCAACAGAGGACUUGAAAUGUACAUGUGAUCGUUGCGGCCAAGAAAUCAAUGGGCACCAUAGGUAUUACUAUAAGUGUAGUGAUUCAUGUGAAUACUCAAUCCACAAAUUUUGUGGCGACCUCCCAACAACAUUAAAACACACGUCCCACAAUGAUCAUAUUCUUACCCUUCUACAGAGAAAAAUAAAUUGGCAUUGUCAUGCUUGUGGAAAGCAACAUAAGCCUCAAGAAAUAAGUUAUCAGUGUCCUCAAUGUGAAUUUGAUGUUGAUAUAAGUUGUGCUUUGACGGCGGAUAAAAAGACAAUCCACCACCCGAGUCACAAACACCCGUUACUUCAAAUCACUAUACCAAUAAUAUGCGAGUGUAGUGCUUGUGGGAAAAAGCAUCAGGGGAUAUUUUAUCAUUGUAUCACGUGUUCUAACUUCUUUAUCCAUACGGAUUGUUUUCUUUUGCCAAAAAAGCUGCUAAUUCAACAUGCCACACACGAUGACUUCUCUCAUAAACAUUCACUCGCCAUUGCAUACUCCUUCCCAGCAGCAGUUCAAGAAGCCAAAUUUGAUCCUAGGUGUAGGGUAUGCGGAGGCUUUUUUGACAACGAAAACCUAUGGAUUUAUAAAUGCGACAAGUGCAGAUACUAUGCCCAUCUAGAUUGUGCCACGGCAAGAGGAGAACCAUUCUUGUCCAUCUUCUCACCUGCCGGUUUUGGCAAAACCCAUAAAAACUUUGCAGAUGCCGACUAUCCAGAUCUUCUCUAUUUCCCGUUCCCAGAUCAAACAUACAGCAUACUAAAACACAUGUUUUUCAAAAAAAUGGCAUCCCCAAUGAAUACUAUACAACACUUGAGUCAUGAACACCCGCUCAUUCUAGUUGGUACACAAGGUAAUGAGAUUGCAAAGUCAGCCUCCUCAAAAUCCAAACCGUUAUCUUGUCAUAACCCAAUGAAGAAGAUUGAACUACUAUGUAAUGGAUGUUUGAGGCCAAUCACAAACAUGCCAUUUUACAAGUGUGUAGAUGAAGAUGAGUCAUGCGACUUUGUUCUUCAUGAGUGGUGCACCCGACUACCCGAUCAAGUACCAAACCACCCAGGUCACCCUCAACAUUCUCUUUUUCUCCUACCAUAUCUCGUUCAUAGGCUUUUGGGUGUGUUCAGGUGUGUUGUUUGCCGUUUAUAUUGCAACGGAUUUGUCUAUAUUUGUCCUAUAUGUGAGUACUACAUAGAUGUAAAUUGCGCAUUCAUACCUGAUAAAAUAGUACACCAAGCUCAUCCGAAUCAUCUUAUUUGGAGAGUUCAAUCAAGGACGAGUGAAAACCGUUGUCGUUCAUGUGUGAGAGAUUUUGAUGAAAAUGGAUUUUCAUUUAGUUGUGGUACUUGUGAAUUUGAUUUGCAUCCCGAGUGUGCUUUGUUGUUACCGGAAACAAUUAGACACAAAUUUGAUAAGCAUCCCAUGAAGCUGAGCUAUUUCCCUAUCGAGAAUCAUAAGAGUCAAUAUUUUUGUGAAGUUUGUGAAGUGGAAUUUGAUCCAGAGUAUUGGUUUUAUCAUUGUUAUGAUUGUGUCCAAUCUAUACAUUCUGCAUGUGCUCCGUUAAUACUUGAAUGCAGAAGAGCUGCUAGAGUUGAGCGUGUUCCUAAAAGGAUUUAUGAGUUUUUGAAUAUAAAGUUUGGGGGCAUUCAUAUCAUUGAUGAUCACCCACACAGUGUGUCAUUUGUUCAAGGGAUUGAAAGCGAAGAUGAAUGCGAAGAUUGUGGCUUUUCAUUGCAGUACACGAUGAUCUUUAAGUGUUUACGAUGUGACUAUGCAAUUCACUUUACGUGUUGUGAGAGUUUCAACAAGUCACUUUACGAUGAUCUUUAA